CAUCAGACCUCGCUUGAUAGGAUAGGAUAAGCCGGGAAGAGUGACGUGUUUCUAAACCAAUGGUGCGCUCUCACUGUUCGUUGUGUGACCAGUAAGAAGCUGGGGCGGGCAUUCUUUGAUGUUGUUCCAAAAUGGCGUAUGCAGUUUCUUCGCUGGAGGAAUAUUGAGUGAAAAACACCGUGAUUUUGCUUAAAAAAAAAGGAACCGAAUUUAAAUUUGCGUGUUUUUGUGUGUGUGGGUGUAAGUCUCCGAAAUAAGUCUCAGAAAAUGAAAGGCAAAGAGCGGUCGCCGGCGAAAAAACGCUCAAGGGCCUUGGAUGAUAUCCGAGACAGGGGAGGAAGCCACCCGACCAGCAAGAAAAUGGCCCUUUCUGUGUCCGGCGGUAACAACGGCAACAGCUCGGCAAAAAGCGAAGGGAGUUCGACCAGGAGGAGCCUGCUUGGCGAUAAAAGGGGAGAAAGUCGGGAUUUCGAGAGGCACACCGCGGGCAGCACUAGCAGCAACCACAGCUAUGCCACGCUCGCAAGUUCCAGCAGCAAGAACCACAAUAACAAUUUGAACCCGGAGCCCGCUAGGAUUAACACUCGCGGGGAGCCUCGACCGCCGCCGCCUCCGCCGCUCAACAACGAAAGUGAGUACAAGACUCUUAAAAUAAGCGAGCUGGGCUCCCAGCUGAGCGACGAAGAGAUAGAAGACGGCCUUUUUCACGAGUUUAAGAAAUUUGGGGACGUGAGUGUUAAAAUUAGCCGGAUUAGCGACGAGAGGGUGGCAUUUGUGAAUUUCAGGAGGCCCGAGGAUGCCAGGGCGGCUAAGCACGCAAGGGGGAGACUAGUGCUGUACGAUCGCCCUCUGAAAAUUGAGGCCGUGCAUAUGAACAGGAGGAGAAGCCGCUCCCCUAUUGAAAAAGACGCUUAUGCGGUGCUAGCAGGGCGGCACCCACACGUUCAGAGACCUUUGUCCCCCACUGGACUGGGAUACAGAGACUACAGGCUGCAGCAGCUUGCCUUGGGGCGUCUCCCUCCUCCCCCACCGCCCCCCCUGCCUAGAGAUUUGCAGAGGGUAAGGGAAUAUGCCUUUUUCGACGCCCGGGCGCGCCCAGCUUACAAUCGGACUGCUUUCCGGGAAGAGGAAGUCCUUUCCCCUGAAGAUGAUGAAAGAGCUAACAGGACUUUGUUUCUUGGGAACCUGGAUAUCACUGCCACGCAGAACGACCUGAGGAGGGCCUUUGACAGGUUCGGGGUGGUCACUGAAGUGGACAUUAAGAGACCCACCCCAGGCCAGAGCAGCACCUAUGGUUUUCUCAAGUAUGAGAACCUGGACAUGGCUCACCGUGCCAUGAUCGCAAUGUCUGGCAAGGUGAUCUGCCGGAAACCCAUCAAGAUCGGCUACGGCAAAGCCACCCCCAGCACUCGCCUCUGGGUGGGGGGCUUAGGGCCCUGGGUUCCCUUGGCAGCUCUUGCCAGGGAGUUUGACCGUUUUGGCACCAUAAGAACUAUUGACUACAGAAAGGGGGACACCUGGGCCUACAUUCAGUAUGAAAGUCUGGAUGCUGCCCAGGCAGCUUGCAGCCACAUGAGAGGCUUCGCUUUGGGGGGCCCGGAUCGCAGGCUCAGAGUGGAUUUUGCAGACACGGAGCAGAGAUACCAGCAGCAGUACCUGCAGCCCCUGCCUUUGCCUCACUAUGACUUGGUGGCAGAAAGUUUUGUUCACCGUGCAGUGCCAGAGCCGUUAAGGGCCAGGGAAAGGACUCCCCCACCUUUGCACUUCAGAGAGAGGGAGCUGUACCCAGCUCCCGAAUGGGCAGCUCCCCCAGUCAGAGACCGAGUGAGAGCAGGCUACGAUCCGCUAGAACACCUGGACAGGGAACGCAGGCCGCGAGAGAGCUGGUCCCUGGACCGGGAAAGAGAGCUACAGAACCGGGAACAAACCCGAAAGCGCCGGCUGUUGGAGGAAAGCCGAAUCCUGGAACGCUCCCCAGACAGCACCGAGCGUGCCAGGAGGCGCCACUGUCUUUCCUUGGAGCGCAGUCCAGGGGAGAGCAGCAGAGAUGGCGGCCGUUUCAGUGACUCCGAGCGGCCCCUCAGAGACAGGCGCUCCAGCUUAGAAAAGGGCCAAGGUGACAAACGAGGAGGAGAGCGGCUAAAAAACGCCGGCCUCUCCGACGCUGGCAUCGGGGGUGGUGGAGAGAGGGAGCGCAAACGCAAGUUGGGCGACGCCUGCAAGAGCCCGGUCAAGAAAGAUGAGAGAUUAGAAAUCAGCUCCUCCAAGCCCUCCCUGCAGCAGAAGCAGGAAGGCAGCCAGAAACUCACCCUGGCCUGGCAAGGCAUGCUCCUCCUGAAAAACAGCAACUUCCCUUCCAACAUGCACCUCCUGGAUGGAGACCUCAACGUGGCCACCAGCCUGCUGAUCGACGGCUCCACGGGAGGCAAGGUGGCUCAGCUGAAGAUCACCCAGCGCCUGCGUCUGGACCAGCCCAAGCUCGACGAGGUCACACGCCGCAUCAAGGCUGCGGGACCCAGCGGCUACUCCGUCCUCCUCGCAGUGCCGGGGGACGAUGGCACUUCCGAGUCGGAUCAAGCUUCAUCCACCCAGAGGCCCCUGAAGAACCUGGUGUCUUACUUGAAACAAAAGCAGGCUGCCGGAGUCAUCAGCCUGCCCAUCGGAGGCAGCAAAGACAAGGACAACGCUGGAGUCCUCCACGCUUUCCCUCCCUGCGAUUUCUCUCAACAGUUCUUGGAUUCCUCCGCAAAAGAGCUUGCCAAAACAGAAGAGGACUACCUAGUGAUGAUCAUAGUGCGUGGGGCGUCCUAAAAUUUUGUAAGGUUCUAAAUCAACAGCACUGCAUGCAUGCGCCUGGUUUUGUAUUAUGGGAUACAUCAAUGUAUUAAGUUUGGGCUUUGACAACACAUUUUGCCAAACAAAAUUAUUUUAGCAAAAAAAAAAAAAAAAACAGAAUCCACAAAUGCAGUUCUUUGGGUCCAAAAAACGUAACUUAAUCAAAAGGUUUGCAAGCCUGUCUUGCAUUAUCAGAGCUGUUCCUUUUAGUUUAAAUAUUUUAAUUUUUUUUUUUUAAAACAGAUUUACUUGUUUGUGUUCUGUAUACUGUUCCAAUCCAUACACUGGUGUACAGGCUCGCUAAUAUGAGAGGGGGGAAGGUUCCAAGAAGGCAAGCUUGCUUAGAAAAAUACGUUCAGACUUUACUGGAUUCAAAUUUUAUAGGGGUGUAAAAAAUAAAUGGCACUGCUGUGUAAUUCAGUAGGCCUAUAUGAGCCCACAGUAUGUGCUGUACAGUGAGCUUGGUUGCAUUUAAUUGAAAUGAUUAAAUACAUAAAUAAAUUUGUAUGACAUGCUGAGCAGCCAGCAGCAGGGCACAUGAAAAGCUCUUGGUCUUGUUUUUCCAUUGCCUGUAAUUGGAGUAACCAGAUCGGAUACCUCUCGGUUUCUUUACAAUUGGCUAUUGAUAAAACAAGCAGCCGUUUCAGUUGCCUGAAUUACAGCUGUGGGUGUCCAGGGUCACAUUUUCACAGUGUGUUACGGAGAAUCCACACUUACUGUGUAAGAAGACCGAUAGCAAUUCCCUCAAGGCUGCUCAGCUGUACUCCACUGUAGUGUGCAUCCCUGUGAUUUCUUUGAACAGAUGUGGGUAAACUGCGGCUGCCUUUCUGUGUCUUUUCCCCUCUGCUGUUUAGUGUUUGCCUGUCACUGAUCAGAUUCAAGGUUUGCAUUGCAAAAGCUCGAAUUGCCUUCUACUGCUGAAGGGCAGAAUAUGUUUUGGGUUCUGUUAAAUGUAAAAUAAUUAUUUGAAGGCACGAAUGUGGCUCUUUGGGAUUGAUAGAUACUUCAAGUAAAUGCAAACCUUGGGAUCUGAUGAAUAUCUUCUGAUGGACAUGUUCGUUAUUAUCAAUGUGCUAACAUGGUGCUUUUGUUUUUUAUUUUAAGGUACCGUCUUGUGUUUUUAUAUUAAUAACAUAUUCCGUAUCCCAUAAUGCAAAAUCCAACAGUAACCAUGUUGACUUCAAAAAAAAAAAAAAAAAAAAAAAAUUCUCCAAAGCUGAAUGUUUAUGCUUGCAUUAAUCAUAAAUAAUAGUAGGGGUUUAGUGUUGAUUAAACUCUUGCCUUAUACUUGGUAGGAGUUUAGUACUAUAAUUUCCUUUUUUAGAAACACAAGUACAGUCCAGUUAUUGGUUUAUAUAACAAAGGUGGAAAUUCUAAAUGCAGAAAUGUUGUUUUGUGUUAUUAGUGUGUAGAUGACAGUAGAGUACAGAUAUUUGGUUACUGUAUAAAAGCACUUUUACUGUUGUGCAAAAAAAAAAAAAAAAAAGUUAAUGUGAGGUUGUUUAGCCAUGGAGCAAUGGCCAGGCUGUCGGCUUCUGCAGUGAAAUGAAAUCCCCAAACGUCAGUAUGAUUUGAUGUGGUGUUUUCAGGACAGGUCUGAGACACUAGCUGCACAGAACCUGGCUAGCUAUAUAAUCCUACUGAUUCCUUUCUAAAUGCUAAAGUAAAUGCACAGAUUGAAACAAAGUAAUCUAUUUAGCCUAAUCGCUGUUUUGAAACAAAGUAUGGCUUAUUAGAAGUGUAAUUCACGUCAGAUUUGUCAUAGCAUUUCUAUAACAUGAAAAUAAUGGAUGGUCCGUUAGUAUAGAGGGGGUGAUGACAUUGGGGCUUGGUUUGAAUCAUUCAGACUCCCCUAUGGAUUGGAAGUGUGCCUCCACAGCUGACAGCCUUGUUUUGCUCUGUAUCCCAUUCUUACAAACUGUAUUUACUUGGCACCAAUAAUACACCAGGGGGGGAAGGCUGGUCAACAGUUCAGCUGGGUUUGAUUAAAUGUUUACUAUGGUUGGUGAUUAUUUUGUGUGUUACAAAAGUGAGAGAUGCAUUUUUGCGAGGGAGAAAAUGUUGCCUUUGUAACUGUACAGUAGCCUGUAUUGGAAAAACAAUACAAUUUGCUAUUCUUUAGUUUUUCUUCCUCCAAUACAAAUGUUUAAAUGUAGAAACAAAAAUGCCAAAGAAUAAAAAGCACAGCAGAUUUAUAAAUGUACAAUCUGCUCUCUCACUAAUGCACGAUAUAAACACAGCCCUGAAUUUAAAUGUUGACUUGUGGCCCAGAGUGUGUUUGUCUGGCCAGUUCAAAUCCUGAAUAGCACAGAGGAACUGAUCCUGUUUCUUAUAAUACCCCCUUACGCACUGCUCCUCCUUGGCAGACUUGUUUAAUCAGUCGCCAUUGCGAAGAGGCAAGCUGUUUAACUACCCACUCAUAGAUCAAGGUGCAUGUGAUGUUUGACCAGAGGACGCAAUUGUAGAAACCUGUGAAAAGAAUGGAGUUGUGUUUCUCAAUUCCUAAGAAACACUAAGCCAAGCAGAAUGCGUGCUCCAGGCAAUGUUUAUUUACUUAACGUAUGAUGUAAAACAUGUGGGUGCUUCUGCUUAAAAAAAAAAAAAAAAAAAAAGUUUGUUACUUUUAAUUAUUUUAUUGUCAGUUUUACACUUAAUAUUCUGACUCUGGUUCAUCCCAACUGCUAAAAGAAAAAACAACAUACCUUAAUAGGGUUAGGCUGUAACCUGGCAGAUUGAGACCUGAAGUGUAUUUAAAGUAUACGCAUUGGUGUGAUGACAUUAUGGCCAUUAAAGCCAGUCUAAAUGUAAUGGAUGACAUGGGUAAUGCAAAAAAGAGUUGGGAAGUAAGGAUUAGUUAGCUAAAUGAUUACUUUUUCUGCUUGUUGCAAAAGGGUCUUUCUCAUUUUAGAGUUAACCGUUUAAUAAAUACAGAAUGCUUGUGGGGCAUAUUGGAUAGCUGUUUGGAAUGACCCCACGUUAACAUCCAAGACUCAAAUAAUGACCCAAGCUAGUAUUGUAGAAAUGUAUUCUCAGAAUGGGAGUGAAAGUAAAGAGGUUUUUUUUUUUUUUUUUGAGUCUGGUACAAUGUAGUUAAUAAGAUGUGUGGUUUCACACUUGCAAUCCAAUAAGGAGACUGUCCUUGAGUUUAAAUACAUUGUGAUCCCAAUGAUAAUAUCUAUAUAUAUAUGUGCAUGGAUGUUGAAACAAAGAUUAAGAAAUGUUGUAUAGAUGACAGUAAUAAUUCUUAUUUUAUCUCAAUGACUUCAAUUGCAUUUACCCCCCAUAAGUGGCAACAACAGCCAGUAAUUCCACAGGAGUGCUUAUAUCCUGCACUAACUUCAGGAAGGCUGUCUUUAAAAAAAACUUAUAAGUUAACAUGACACAGCUCUGACAGCAGCAGUUUGCAGGCACAGUAAGUCCUAAACAACCAUCAACUAUUUGAAUUCUCAAAGGGAGAAAAAAAAACAAAUCAACAACUUUGAACUGGUCAUUGAGAUAAAAAUAAAAAUGAAAUAAGUGUCACUAAGGUAAAGGGAUUAAUUGCAUUAAGUUACAGCUGCCUUGGGAGAAAAGAGGUACCAGUGAAGGUGAAAUGAACAAAGGUUAAGUUCUUUCCUACAGAGUUACAUGUGUACUGUAUCGAUGUGGGGAGAGGCGGUCCUGUUCUGUGGCUGGGCUGUGGUUAUGAUAUAGACACAGUAGAACAUGACUUUAUUUCUCAGUUUAGGAGCCCUGCAGAUGUCUGCUGAUGGACACUGUGUUUUGCACAGAUUUCUGGUGACUCUAGCAGUACCUGCUUAAAGUCUGUUAACAGGAGGAGUAUUGUUGGUGCCAGUGCUCAUUAUUUUUCAAAUGUAAUGCUAAUCCUUUUGAUUUAUCUUGUAAAACUUUUUAGUUUUGAGUAGGUUUGAUUAACUGUAAUGUAACAUCACAUUUUGUACAAAAACAAAACCACCACAAAAAAAAAUCUGUGUGUUCGUCAAAUGCAUUCAUCAUCAGCUUCAAGUAACGCUGGACUGGAGAGGAAAGCCAGGGUGUUGAAUGGACUUUCUGUGGCCUGGAGAAUGGCUCUUGUAAAAUAUACAUAAGCCUUUUUCAUGUGGAGUGGGAAAAGAAAAGGCUUUCUGUUGCAGUAUUUGUACAUUUUCACUAAAAUAGCAGCUUAAAAGUUGUAUAACUGCUUUUGUGAUGCCAGUUUCCGUGUUUUAAGUGGGGAAAGUUGAUUCGUGACCUUCUUUGCUUUGUGCUGUGUACGCCUGAUUUCUGGAAAAAAUAUAUAUAUAAGGAAACCUUUUUUUCUCACGCAGCUAAGAAUGAGCUGUUAACACAUACACAAGUGCACAAGCACUUGCUUGAUUUUGUUUCAGUAUCAAUAAAUUGUGUUUCUUUUGAGGAAAAA